GAGAAUCCAUGUCUUCAACAGGACAAUUGACAAUCAGUAUGAAUUUAUGACCCCAAAUAAGGGAAGCACAACACGAUGGCCCAACCCAAUCAUGAUCCCAACACCACAACACAACCCCUGGUCCGGUGGUACAUCGACACCCGCCCUCUCACCCAAACCACCACCGCUCUCCCCCUCCUCGAAACCCUCCAACCAAACGACCAAGAGACCGUCCGCAAAUUCUACCACCAAAAGGACAAACACAUGUCCCUCGCCUCCAACCUUCUCAAAUACCUCUUCGUCCACCGAACCUGCCGCAUCCCCUGGGCCGACAUCACCAUCAGCCGCACCCCAGCCCCGCACCGCCGACCCUGCUUCGUCCCAACACACGCCCAACAAGCCCGCAACCCUGCUGCCCCCAACGUCGAAUUCAACGUCAGCCACCAAGCCUCCCUAGUCGCAUUGGCGGGGACCGCGGUGCCUUGUUCGUCUUCCCGAACCCAACCGUCCCACCCAACCCCGCAGGUCGGAAUCGAUAUCACCUGCGUCAACGAACGCCAGGGUAAACCCUCCUCCUCUGAUCCCGAAGCCCGCACCCUCACCGCAUUCAACAACUACGUCGAUAUCUUCUCGGAGAUCUUCUCGGCCCCCCAAAUCGCAACAAUCAAGAGUUUACACGGCGCGCCUCAAUCACUGCUGGGACAAGCCCAAGGUCGACCCCCCCCCUGCCUCGUAGAAUACGGCUACAGACUCUUCUACACUUACUGGGCGCUCAAGGAAGCCUACAUCAAAAUGACCGGGGAGGCGCUUCUAGCGCCGUGGCUCCGGGAUCUAGAGUUUACGAAUGUUAUUGCGCCUGCUGCUGCGGAGGUGGGCCCGCCUCCGCCUCCGCAGCAGCAGCAGCACGGAGACGACGAUGGUGACGAAGGAGACCGGUUAUUCGGGGAACCGUACAGGGAUGUUCGCACUACAUUAAACGGAGAGGUGGUGGGCGAUGUACGGAUUGAGGUUGUUGCCUUCGGAGGGGAUUACUUGAUUGCGACGGCUGCGAGGGGGGCCAGGGUUGGGGCUGAUGGCGGGGAUGAGGAGGAUCUCUGGCUGCCGUUUGAGAAGAUGGAUAUUGAGCGGGAUAUCCGACCUUGUGCGAUGGGGGGUUGUAGAUGUUUGGGGUGAAGGUGGGGAGGGAGUAGACUGACUGCCUCAACGAGUGCCGAGUGGAAUGGAAUUCGUUGGGUAUAUUAUAUUAUAUUAUAUUACCUUAAAAAUAAACCACGGGUGUAAGUAUACGUAAUAACGAUAACCUGGAAGUAAGUAUAAAGAUAAGUAUAUAUAUAU